AAUACCUGUAUAAAUAUUAUGUGAAUAUUAGCACAUACACACACGCCCGCACGUACAUUUUAAACACACACAUAAAUUAUACCUAUAUGUAAUAAUAAAAAAAAACCAUUUACCUGUUUUAACUACAAUUUCCAUUGUUUGAAGCAUGUUCAAGACUAAUUAGUGAUACCGUUGUUCCUAUUUCCGUUUACAUUACGUUUAAGUGCACUCGAAUAAUACCCGAUACGAUGAUCAAACAAAAUUAACAGUCUACUCGUUUCUCAGAAAUCUUUUAACAUCGAUGUCUUAUUUUUGAUAUGUUAAGAGCUGACUGAACGUUUAGUGACACUCAUUGAAGUAAAAUAACUGUAUAAAUUAUUUUUUUUAUAUUUCCUUGUUUCUUUAGUACUUUGUGCAAUGGAAGAUUAUAAAUUCUUAUUUAAAGUAGUACUAGUUGGUAAUGCAGGUGUCGGAAAAACUUGUUUGGUCCGUCGAUUUACACAGCUCCAAAUUUGGGAUACAGCAGGACAAGAAAGAUUCCGUUCUAUUACCCAAAGUUAUUAUCGAUCUGCACAUGCUUUAAUAUUAAUUUACGAUAUAACAUCCCAGCCAACAUUUGAUUGCCUUAAUGAUUGGCUUCGUGAAAUUGAUGAAUAUGCAAAUAACAGAGUGCUAAGAGUCUUAGUUGGUAACAAAAUAGACAAAGAAGACCGUGAAAUUCCUUCUCAUGUAGGUCAAGAUUUUGCUCAACGGCAUGAUAUGCGCUAUUUAGAAACAUCAGCAAAACAAGCAGACAAUGUAGAAAAAUUAUUUGUUCAAAUUGCUUCUGAAUUGAUGGAGCAAGCUAAAUCUAAAGGAAUAUCUUCAGACAGUCCACAGUCUUUACCAUUCAAUACUAGAACAUCUAAAUCCAUAAAUGAUUACUGUUGUAAUCGUUGAAACCAAAUUAUCAGUAUUUAUUAUUAUUGUCAUUGAUAUUUAACUCAGUUUAUCACAGGGUAAAUUAUAAUCAAACUAAUACUUUACCUAAAAUCAAUCCAAUAAUAAUAUUUUUAACUAUUAAUAGUUACCUAACCGUAACAUGAUGAGCAAAAGUAAUUAGUAUUAUAGUUUUAAUUUUAACUCCACCUCAGUUAUUGUUUUCUUUAUUGAUAUUUUUAUGUUUUAUGGUUGUAUAAAAUGUUGGCAUACAAUAUGUGUUGUAUGUGCAUCCAAAAUAAAUGUGCUCAAGUGUAAUAUGAUCAUCAAAUUAAAUUUAACCUAACAACACUACUAAUCAGUAUUUGGAUCAAAAUUGUUGUUUCACAACUUAGAUGUAUCAAGAUUAACAAUUUUUCAAGUAUUAUAAAACCGUAUUUAAUAAUAUUAAUAAAAAAUUUGUCUAGAAAUUGUUUUUAAUGUUUUAUUUAACUCAUUGUUUAUUUUAAUUUUUAAUAUCUCAUUUAAAAUAUGUUUAAAUAGAGUGUGUUUUCCCUAUUAAUUUAAUAUAAUUCAUAUUAAAGAAACAAAUGACCCCAUUUAAUCUAUAUGGAAUUUUUUUUUAACUG